AUGGCUUCUCUCGAGACAAAAGUGUACCGUCUUAGAGGCAUCCCGGCGCAUCUGGAUCGCCUCGGCCUCGCUAGGCUGAUCCAACCUUUCCUGCCUGCUGGAAAGCUGGAAGACAUUUCCGUGGCAUCGCUCGCGCUUAGCUGCGACUUCUGGUCCAGACAUCCCACAAAAACGGCAACGCUCACUCUACGAAACCUUCCGGAAGUUGUGCGUGAGGCUCCUGCGGCAGGCGAAUGGGAGCUCCCCGUUCUUGCUUUGCCCAAGCCGUUGAUCCUUGAUGAUACAUUCUUUGGACUCACUCCUCUUAAUGAAGUUCCUGAGUCACAGCAUCAGCACGACUGUAUCGUGAUAUCCGGGCUUGCAAGCCAUCCGAUGGGAUCAUGGCAGCCUCGCGGCAACAACAAAUCCUUCAUGUGGAUACGAGAUGCACUACCUGAACUCUUUCCCGGUGUCAGAUUUAUUCUCUAUGGAUAUGACACCAAGCUGGUCGGAAGCAAAUCCUUCCAGACGGUACCAGACCUCGCCAAUAACCUGAUCAAUGAGCUUAAUGCAGGGGGCUGGUCAUCGCCAAGCUCCAAACAGCUGUCGUUUUUGGCCCACAGCCUUGGAGGUGUAGUGUUGAAGCAAUGCCUAUUCAUGCUUGCUGAUAGUAACACUUCUGGCGAAGAGAUACUUCUCAAAAUAAAGGGUGCAAUAUUCUUCGGCGUUCCAAGCGAGGGCAUGAACAUUGAGGACAUUCACAGCAUGCUUGGAGACCAGCCAAAUAAGAGCGCACUUGUUGCCGAGAUAUCAGACAGGUCAGACUAUCUGUCCAGUUUAGAAAAACGCAUCUACGGUAUCUCGCGUAUCCAAGGCAUGAAGCUCUUUUGGGCCUAUGAAACCCAGACGACGCCUACCGUAGAGAUGGUCAGCGGCACGUAUCGCAGAUCAGGGCCAGAAGCCAUACUGGUAUCGCGAACAUCUGCCACAGGUAAUCGUUGCACUUCAGAUCCUGCAUCAACCAUACAAAUCGAUGCGAAUCACUCCAGCAUGGUGAAGUUCUCAUCCGGGAGCCAUAUGAUUGGCCCCAUUGCCAACAAGCUGCGGGAUAUACUUGGCAAUCAUCAAGAGGGUUUCGAUCGAUAUCCGGGGCGUUUGGCUACCCGCAACGUUCCGGUUCCGGCGGCUACAACAACCAACACCCAGGCUUUCAAAGAAAAUAGUCUCAAGAGACCUGGGGAUUCUACUCAGAACAUUGAUCUCUGGGAUAUUGAAACAAUCAUACAAUCCAUACGUGCUCCUGAGAGAGAUGAAAGGCUUCAGCAAGUUGAAGAUAGCGCUGGCUGCUCGUUCGAAUGGGUAUUUGAAGACCCUUCGAUUGGCUUAAGCCGCUGGUUGCAAAAGGGUGACGGCCUCUACUGGGUUUCCGGUCGCCCUGCCUCUGGGAAGUCAACCUUUAUGAAGUUUCUUCACAAGGAUGGACGCACAUCGCAGCUUCUGCGUGGAUGGUACAGCCGAGCCGAGCAAGUCAACGCCAACUUUUUCUUCCACUACCGUGGUAACCUCAUCCAAAAGUCGUUCGAGGGCUUGCUUAGAAGCAUUCUCAGCCAAGUCUUAGAGCAGGCUCCUGGGACUUAUCCAAUCUUUCAGUCGUUAUGCGAGCAUCACUGCCAACAAGCUAUCGAUGCGGAAUCCCUUGGAAGCUUAUCCUCAGACAUUAACGAGCUUUUGUUGACCCACGGCAUGGAGUUUGGCGCCGACUUCAAGCUGCUGCCAUUUCUGCAGUGCGAAGCUCUCACAAAGUUGUUCCACAACAUGGUUGUUGAGCCUUUGCGUGAAAGUUAUGGCGCAGAUACCGAUUGGAAAGAAAUUGAGCAGCUGGUAGUGCCUCGUAGAGAACAGCUUCAGUUGUUUCUGAGGCAGGGCCAGCUGUCAGAAAUAGACCGCUUCGUGAAUUGGCGGCGAUGGACCAAGAAGAUGAAAGACCGCUUUCUGUCCUUAUUGGCUGAUUGGCUCGUAGCCAUUGACCUAAAAGAGCAUUUAUUGAGAUUGGAUGUGUUGUCCGCACCUGAUUCUGCUCAUUCAUCGACACGAACGCAAGCCAAGGCAAGUUUCGCCGGACACAUUGAGAAUAUCAUGAGUCGACAUCGCAGGCGACUGGAUAUACGACAGUCCGCUCAGAACAAGAUUUGGACACGGCAUAACCUGGAGCAAGCGUUCUUUCAGAUUAUUAACCAGCAAUCAAUCGAUCUGGACAUGUGCGUUUUUAUUGACGCCCUGGACGAAUAUGAUGGACCCUCAGAGUUCAUUGCAGACUUUCUCAAGGAGAUCACGCAACGGAGAAGCAGUCGUACACGGCUCAAGAUUCUUUUCUCCAGUCGGCCAUGGGACAAGUUUACCGACGCUUUCAGCGACUGCCCUGGUUUCCGUAUUCACGAGCAUACCGAAAAUGAUGUUCGCGAGCUGUGUUUGCAUGUUAUACGGACUCAAUGCCCUGGGUCUCAGGAGCUCUUGCAGCUAGUGGAGGAGAUUGUGAAGCAAGCCAAUGGCGUUUUCCUGUGGGUGAAGCUGGUGCUACAAGACUUGUCUAGGAUUGCAGCAACCUUUUCACCCCGAGACGACACCAGAUCUUUAUCUAACAAGCUACAAGAGGAGUUGAAAAACCUCCCCGGGGACUUGGCCGACUACUAUAGUGCCAUUAUCGAACGGAUACCUCAAUCUUUUCGCCGCGAGGCUUUUUGUCUGCUCGAGGUUGUUACAAAAGGAGACGAAGUCUAUCUUCAAGACAUUCCUACGAUUCUCAGUUGUCUCAAUUUUUCCCGAUUUGCCGAGCGAGAUCAAAUUCUCGGGAGAAUUCUCCAAUCUAACGUGGAAGAGCUCGCUGUCUUACUGAGGACUUACACAGGCGGUCUCAUCGAAGCUUAUGGGGAACGGCAUGCCUUGAAGCUUCGAUUAUUGCACCAGACCACGGUAGACUUUGUCCAAUUGCCAGGAUUUAAAAGCCUCAUUCUGGAUACAGGAGCACAUGCUAUGAAUGAUAAUGGCUAUACUUUUCUUGCGAAGCUAGAGCUGCUUCGAUCCAAGCGGCCCAGGGAUGGUGCUCUGAGUUUACGUCGAAACUUUUUCAUUCACGCCAGGCGGUCCGAGAAGACUACGGGGAAGAGUUUGUACUCCUUUUUCGCGGACACUCGAGUUCAGUUCCAACUAGACCUGUCUACAGACUUCAUACCUGGAGCAAUGUGUCGAGCUAUGAGGUUGGAGACGGUCAAAGAGUCUUUUCCCGCCAUCGGAGUGGCCCUUUGUGCCUAUCUUCGCCUAUUCAUCGGAGAAGCCUUGCAAGCAGAUCCACUGAUAUUCUUUGAUACACCGGCUUGUUAUGUCAUGCCUAUUUAUUUAACAUACACUUGGGAAGUACUUGGGCUGGACGAAGCUCUGCAAAUGACGGGGACUUUGGCCACUCACGGCUUCCCAUUUGAAAAUCACACUGACGACUGUCUACUACCAGCACUCUGCACGUUGGGAAAAGUUCCAAGUCGGCUGAAACGAUCUGAGCCGUUCGUACUGGAUGUCACACGACGAUAUAAAAAUCCGAAUGUCGACUUACACCUGCCUCCACUUUGGUUUGAACCUCCGAUUAUCGACAUAGAUAUUCCAUCUGAAACAAGGGUUAAUAUUAUCUAUGUCUCUUCUUAUCAUAUCAUCAAAGACCUGCUCGAGAGAAAGGCCGAUCCAAACGUCCAGGCAUUCCAGGGCUACACGCCGCUGGACUGCUGGGUAUUAGAUGCUCUUAAGCCCCCCUCGCAAAGGCAUGAUGCUCAUAGGGUUAUGACGCUUCUCGUUCAAAACGGAGGGCUCCUCAAUAUGUGUACCACAAAGCAAUGGCGGGUAAAGAUGGGUGAGUUUCACGAGCAGGGGCUGUCCGUGUCGCUAUUCGAAGCGUUAGGCUAUCCCAAAUGGGUCAAAAAGGGCAAGUUUGGUCUGAGGCAGUUCAUGCGCAAUAAGGUUGUCGGUUUAUUCGAAAGUCAGACCAAUUAG